AUGGCCACCUCCUUACUUGUGAAUCUGAAUCUGAUCAUGGCUGCAAUAAUAAUACUCUGCAAUAUUUCAUCAGUUUCUUCUACAAAUACUUCUCUUCCUCCACCUAUGAGCCCGAGGAAUCAAUACGAAGAGAUUGGCGCUGCCAUAGGAGAGAUGCAAAGCGGCAACUACUUCACCUUUGUAAUGCUGAUGAACAUGGUAGGCCCCUUUGAUGAGAGACUAGAAAAGAACGUCACUUUCUUGAUGCCCAACGAUCAGAUGCUAUCAGAGGUGGUGUUGCCAGUGGCAGUGGCAGAUGAGGAGGGGGACGCUGUUAUGGAUUUCUUGCUUCGUCAUUCGAUCCCUUCACCAUUGCUUUUCGAGUAUUUGGAACAUAUCCCAACAGGUUCAACAAUUCCGAGUUCAAAGCCAGGCUACUUACUCAGAGUCUCCAACAAUGCCAGCAACAAUGCAGGGAGGUAUUUCUAUCUCAACAAUGUCAAAAUUGUUAAACCAAAUGUAUGCACUGCAUCGGCCUCUUCUAUUCGAUGCCAUGGCAUAGACGGGGUUCUAGCACCACUAGAACCUCCUCCUCCUCCUUUACAACCACCACCUGAUCAAGAUGAUGAUUCUUGUUCUGAUAAAGCUCCUCCAGCCUCAUCAUCACCCGUUGAUGAUAAUCCAAAUACACCAGCUGCAGUGCCUGCCUCGCCCCUAACUGACCCAGCAAAUUUAAAAUCAUCAGCUGCUCCCUCUUCUCUGUUUCUUUCGUCUCAUGAACAAGGUCAUGGUUUGAGGAUGUCAUUGACCAGCUGUGCUAUAUUGCUGUCCGUUUUCAUCUCUAUGAUCUAG